GGACGCGUGAGCCUCACUAAACACAUCUAGAUGUGUAUAAGAGAAGAGAGAGAGAGAGAGAGAGAGAGAGAGAGAGAGAGAGAGAGAGAGAGAUGGUGGGGGACGGCAGUAAAAUCGACCCCUCAAAGGCGGUAGGCCAUGUGGUUGUAGAGACAGAAAUAGAGUACACAGAGAGAGAUGUGGCCAUGUAUGCGCUUUCGGUGGGAGCAGGGUUGUCGGACCCCUUGGACCGCAUGGAACUGGACCUGGUUUGCGAUAUUGAAGGUCGGUACAGGAGUGGGUAUAGUGUGAGAACGCUGCCGUCGUUCGCUUCAUGUUUCAUUGCAGGCCUGCUGGAAAAUAUGCCAAAGACUCCUGGAUUAUCAUACGAUCCUUCCCUGCUCCUCCAUGGGGAGCAUGUGAUAGAGGUCCUACAUCCAUUGCCUACAAGUGGAAAGGUGCGGAGUAAAAGCAGGAUCGUGGACAUUCGUGACAAGGGUAAAGGAGCGCUUAUUGUGAUCAAGACACAGUCUGUUGAUGUCAACACUGGAAGAGAACUCUGCGUUAACUUGACGUCUUGCUUUCUACGCGGAGCUGGUCAGUUUGCGACUGGAAGGGCAGCCCCUUUGAAACUCCCAGUGACACGAGGAGGUGCUGGUGGAGACGUCACCUGGGAGGGCCGAUCUCUCAGUUCUGGGAAAACCGCUGGUGGUGAUGUGACUGGUAGCUCCUCCUCGUCAAAGCUGCGGCCCUCGUCUGAUUCCAUGCCGAUGCCGAGGAAGAGAGAGAAGACGCGGAGUGAAACUAGUAGACCUUUUCCCCCUUCUCCGACGACUACUCCCUCAUCUAACUUCGAUGGGCAACAUCCUGCGCCCUUCGUGUGGGAGGAGACGACACUCCUCGCUCAGGCGCUGCUCUUUCGUCUUUGUGGCGACGUCAAUCCCAUUCAUUCGAACAUGGAGGUUGCUGCGAAGGCUGGAUUCAACCGGCCGAUUCUUCAUGGGCUGUGUACGUACGGAUACGCCGCAAGGGCAAUCGUCCGUUGUUGUUGUCCUGGUCAUCCGGAGUGCAUACGGAAGCUGCAUGGCCGAUUUCUUCUUCAUGUGUUUCCGGGCGAGACACUUCGAACAGAAAUCUGGCGGGGAAACGGGAACAGACAUAAGAGUGGGAACCUGGGUGGGGAGGUGGGGGGUGGGGACCACAUUGUGGAGCAAGUCACUUUCCGAUGCUCUGUAAAGGAGCGAAACUAUGCUGCAGUCUUGAUGGGAACAGCAGAGCUGAUCUCCCUGCAAGCAAGACUGUAGAAGCACGGCAUGCAUGGAACUUGGGGGAAUUCGGGAAUGACUUGAUCUUUGAGCUGCUGUGAGCUUUGAGAAGACAGAUAAGCUGAGGAGCUGAUGGGACCAUCCAUCCAUCCAUCCAUCCAUCCAUCCGUCCAUCCAGCCAUCCAUCCAUCCACCCAUCCAUCCAUCUGUUGGUGUUGACUGUGAAUCACUCUAGUUAACACAUGGGAGUGGGACAUGGGAGUGGGACUGGCGGCUACACCGGCUAGUUCGGGACACGGGAGUGGGACUUGCGGCAAGUUCGUGCUGGGAAUGGCUGCUUGCUUGGCAACCAUUGUUUCGCUGCCUUCAUUAGCGCAUGACUAUGGACGUAGAGGGCUUUGCCCGAAAGGUGAUGUUUGUGAAGGAGCUAGCCCAGGGGCAGAAAGUCAAGAAAGGAGAAUGCAUGGAGGGGGAGGAGGUAGGGACAUGUAAUGGCUGCUUGCUCGGCAGCCAACCAUCGUUGUGCAGCCUUCAUUAGCAUAAAAAUAACAAGGAACACAGAGGGCUGCUUUGCCCAAAGGUGAUGUUUGUGAAGGAGCUACUGUAGCCCAGAGUCAUAAAGUCAGGCGAGGAAAAUGCAUGGAGGCGGAAGAGGUAGGGACGCAUACAACAAGGACAUAUAAGCGCACCGAGAUACACUUAGGGGAUAUCCCUACCUGCAUGGAAGCGAGAAUGCAGGUAGGGAUAUUACUUCAUAUGUUCCUGUGGAGGUAUGUUUGUGAUGAGUGAUACGAAGCAUCGGAAGCAAGAUCGGAAGCAAGGAAAACAAAGGGAGGUAGAGGAGGUUGGGAUGGUCGAUACGUUUGAUUAAGUGGGGCUUUUGCAGCACAGCAGCAGAAGCUAAGAAUUUCUUGGUGUGAGCAGAUGGGAAGAAGCAGGGAAUGAUUGCGGUGGGGUAGUGAAGGCAUGUGGCGGGGGAGAGGCAAACGAGGAGAGAACUGGGUGGGGGAACAGCAGGCAGGGAUGUGAUAAGGGAGGGAGACAUGCGGUGUUCUGUGUGACCGUGGGCCCGUGGCUGAGUGGUGUAACUAGGAAUCAAAAGAGCAAGGAGUUUUCAGACUUGGUUAUGGAAGAACUGUUCUACCUGAUAUGCCUUUUGGAUCCUAAUAAUGGCCAGAAAUGCGACUACAUACCUUUCCUCAUCCCGGUUCACGGAUGAUUGCCAGAUUUCUCACUUGUUCUUCUUUUGACUGACAGUUGACGUAUAGAAAAAGGACAGACGACUCUAACUCGGGCGGGCUUAGCGGCGAUUGCCAGGCUCGUAAUUGCAAACAACGUUUAAGAUGCAGUAGAUACUUAGACAGUUAAGAAACAGUAUGAGAUAUACAGCUGUCCCCCAAUGAGGAGAAGACAGCUUUAAAGUUUAAACCACCACUCUACCUCCACGCCUACAAAUUUCAAGUAGCAGCCUACAAGUUGAAGUGUCGGGAGGCUGGGCCCGCCGUCGAUAAAACCCAUCGGCGGCGUCCAUGCGUUACAGGCCUCCACACUUCGUGGAGCUCUUUUCCGUGACAGGCGUGCUGCAGGUAGUGGUGGUUUACAGAAAAAAAAAAAAAGACAAAAAGAAACUGAUUAUGAAUUACGAGUCUAUGCGAUCAUUUUGUCCUUGAGGCUUCAACAGCUGCAGUCUGCAAAAUUUGAGGGUUUAUCUGGCUGGCUGGCUGUCUCUCCUGUCUCCUUCGUUCUUAGUAAGAGUUUGAACGGCAGGUUACUUGUGAUCAAUAGCACCAGAUGAUGAUGAUGGUGAGGAGGAGGAGGAGGAGGAGGAGGAGGGUAAUGUGCAAACAAUGUGAAGAUAUGAAUUCACAUUUCAUGAUUUCAAUGAUUUCAUCUGAUUUUUUCAGAAAUUCGACAUGUUUCUUCAGCUAUGGAUACUGCCUUCCUGGAGUGAAAUGUGCAGUCAUUAUGGCUGUACCGAGACUGAAAGGUGACCAAAAUUCAGCUAUUGUAAUGAGCGUACAAUGCGGCGUA